UGAAGACUCCAGCGGUGAAUGCUCAUUUAGUUAUUAGUUGAGGUAUCGCACAGUUGUAAGGUUAUUAAACAUGGAGAACGCAUCAAUUAUUCACCGGGAAAACAGUAAAACAUCGUGGAACUGCAAAAGAAUCCGACUAAAAUCGUUCGACAAGCUUCUGAUAAUCGCCUCGUUGUUAGUUUAUAAUGUUAUCGUGACAAAGGCUAGUGAUUCGGUUGUUGCAAAUGAUAGCAGUAGAGAUUUGGGCAAUCGAAGCCGGUAUUUGGAGAUGAACAGGAAUUUCACAUCUCAAACAACGGAGAGAAGUAAUCAAUCAAUUUUCACAUCCACUUCACUUGAUGACAGGACUUACUUGAAGCAUAGAGAUGAACAGUCAGCAAAAAAUGGUGUGUGGCUGAGCAAUUCAUUGUCUGCUGCACUAUCAACAUACGUGCCAUCUUCCCCAACUAACCCUGACAGUAAAUGCACCAACGAUGGGCAACUCUACAAAACACAUUUGCAAAAUCUCACUCUGUGGGCUGUACAAAUGUACGACGCAAGCGUGCACUUUCCGGAAGGCCUACUGUCGACUGACACCUACCAGCUGGGUCACUUCGACGAGUGCCUGAACGUCAGCUAUCCUUCCAAUGGCAUCGAGGGCAAAUACUGUCUGGCCACGCUGCUAUAUGCACCCUCACCCCAGCUGCAUCCCUCCUACUAUGACCCGCCGGCUGAGGCCUACUUCCAGGAUCCACCACCUCAUUCUUCGGUCUGGGAUUAUUUAAAGCGAACCCUGGACCCCAGAAUUAAAUACAAGGAUGAGAUACAUUUCGGAGUGUGCGUACCAGCAUCUUGCUCUAGACAAGAUGUGGAGACCUCCCUGAAUUUAACCGUCACCAGAUCUCUGCAAAGUCACUCACUUACCGGACGUCUCAGGAUUGAUAGGGACUCUUGCUACGUUAAGAGAAGGAGCCCCACCCAUACUACAGGGUUCAUCGUCAUGUUGGUGAUAGCUACAGCUCUAGUUGGACUCUCUCUCAUUGGCACAUUCUAUGAUUAUUUGGUCGUUCAGCGGCGAGUCAAGUCAACUACGUAUGAGUCAGGUGAUUUAGAGAAGACAGUGCUCUCGUUCUCGCUGAGAAUGAACGCUGAAGAGCUGUUCGAGCCGGGCCCUUACCCAGAGUUUGACACUUUGAACGGUGGAAAAGUGAUAACCAUCUUCUUUAUUAUUUUGGGACAUCGUGUUCUCUAUACUUUGGGAUCCGCUGCUUACAAUCCAAUUUAUUGGGAAGAAACAAUUGUUUCGAUGGCUGAUAUGGCGUUUAUGAAUGGCACUCAUAUAGUUGACACAUUUUUCUUCUGUGGUGGGUUCUUGGCUUUUCACGGUUUAUAUAAGGAACUGGAGAAAACUAAGAAAUUCAACAUCUUUUCGCUCAUCUUUCUUAGAUAUUUCAGGAUUAUGCCGGUUUAUGCUUUUAUGAUCGGUCUCUAUGCGUUCAUCCUAGCUUAUCUGGGGAAUGGCCCACUCUGGAACUUGAAAGUCGGUCUGGAAAGCGCCAACUGCAGAGAAAAUUGGUGGCUAAACUUACUUUUCUUGAAUAAUUAUUUUAACACGGAGAAGGAGUGUCUGCUCCUAUCGUGGUAUAUAGCCUGUGAUAUGCAUUUUUUCAUAAUUGGAUCCUUCAUAGUCUACUACUUGUGGAAGAAUCCGAAAAUCGGCGAAAUAAUAUGCAUAAUUGUGUUAUGCAUCAGUAUAUUUCUACCAUUCAUCACUACCUACAUUGGAAACCAUGACGGAAAACUGAGAUUAUAUCAGAGGCUUUUAUACAAUCCACAUCUGGACAAAGAAUACAACUCGGUGUAUAUAAAGUCGUAUUCGAGGAGUAUACCGUACAUGGUUGGUCUAGCAUUGGGAUAUGUCACCCUCAGGCUCAGGAGAAUCAAAUACACUGUUCCACCUUAUUUGCUGCACUUGGGAAGCUGGUUGUUUGUAUUGGCGUACGCAGCACAAAUCUACAGUCUAGUCAUCUACAUUCCGGGAAGGCCGUACGAUGCCCUGGAAAAUGCAACAUAUGCGGCCAUGUUGCCUCUCUCGUGGAGCAUAGGCGUUGGCUGGAUUGUACUUGUACAAUACACUACUGGAUUUGGUGUCUACAAUUUAUUUUUUGUGAAGAAAAUCUACACACCACUGAGUAGGUUGGUUUAUUGUGUGGUACUGAUUCACCCGGCAGUGCAGUUAGUACAGUCAUCAUCCAAUAGAAACCCUGAGUACCUCACGUUUCCAAAGCUGCUAUGGAUGACUUUCGGAGAUGUUAGUUUAUCCUAUUUUCUAGCAUUAGUGAUGUACCUUCUAAUUGAGGCUCCAUUGAGAUCUGUGGUAAAGCUGUGGAUUCAAGGAACACGCAAAAGGAAAAGGUUCACCCCUACUGGCUAAGGCAAGAAGGAUCCAUUAUACAAACUUCAAUGAAGAAUGUAACCGAAUAGAAUAGUUGUAUCAACUAUUAUGUACAUAGUAUAAUAAUUGUGAUUUUGAAAUAAUUAUUAUUUUUAAAGAAUUUAUAAUCAA